GGUUCGGCCUGCGCGAAGGCGGGCGCGGUGCGCGAAGGCAGAGUUCACAACUGCGCGGCCUGACGAGAUCUCCAGGGCGGCAGAAUCCCCCCCCCCCCCCCGCGCGCAAGAGGGUGAAGGAGAAUGCGGCGGGGCGAAGAGAUUGGCCCAGGGGCGUUCGGGCCGCUGUUACCUUUGAUGCUGGUAGCGCUACUGCGGGAGGCUGCGGGGGAACCUUGCCCCGCCGCCGCGCCUUGUUCUUGCCGGCGAGGUGUGUUGGAUUGCAGCCGCCUCCGCCUGUCCGGUCGGACCUUAGAACCAGGCCUGCUGCCACUUUUGCCUCGCAGCAUCACCGCGCUGAGUUCUUUGAAAGAAAUACAAGUUAUCAUUGGAGGCAGAGAUUUGAGUCAUAACAAUUUAUUAUCCUCUAAUUGGAGUAUUGAUUCAUCGGGUCAAAUGCUGCAAGAAGUGAAGAUGAAUCACAAUGAACUAAGUGGCAUUCCCCACUUUGGUGAACUAACUUCUAAUAUCACACUACUAUCACUAGUGCAUAAUUCAAUUCAGGAGAUUGUCUCUGAACAGCUACAACCUUAUUUCUCCCUGGAGAAUCUUGAUCUCAGCUCCAACUUCAUCACAGAAAUCAAAGUUUCUUCAUUCCCACAUAUGCAGCUGAAGUACCUGAAUUUGAGCAACAAUAGAAUAACUACUCUGGAAGCAGGCUGUUUUGAUAACCUGUCCAAUUCCUUAAUAGUUCUAAAACUGAACAGAAACAAAAUAAGCAUGAUUCCACUGAAGACUUUGAAGCUACCUUAUGUGCAGUUCUUGGAACUUAAAAGAAACCGAAUUAAAGUAAUAGAAAGCCUUACCUUCCAAGGCUUGGACUCUUUGAAAUCAUUAAAAAUGCAACGCAAUGGAAUUAAUAAUCUGAUGGAUGGUGCCUUUUUUGGACUGAAUAAUAUGGAAGAAUUAGAGUUGGAACAGAAUAAUCUGACAGAAGUAAAUAAGGGAUGGUUAUAUGGCUUAAAGGCCCUGCAAAAGCUCUAUGUCAGUCAGAAUGCCAUUAACAGGAUUGGACGUGAUGCAUGGGAAUUCUGCCAAAGUCUUUCUGAACUAGAUCUGUCAUACAAUCAACUGACUCGUCUAGAUGACUUUGCUUUUAUUGGAGUGAAUGUAUUGGAAAAAUUAAAUUUGAGUGACAAUAGACUCAGUUACAUUGCUGAUGGGGUUUUUAAAGGACUCUCAUAUCUACAGACUUUAGAUCUACGGAAUAAUGAGAUCUCCUGGGCCAUAGAAGAUGCAAAUGAAGCAUUUACAGGUCUUGAGAGACUUAAUAAACUGAUUCUUCAGGGAAACCAAAUUAAGUCAAUUACAAAAAAAGCACUUUCUGAUCUUCAGACCCUUGAAUAUCUGGAUCUGACCAACAAUGCUAUAGUAUCUAUUGAAGAAGGUGGUUUUUCCCAGCCUCUUCUUAAAGAAUUGUUGUUGAACACUAGCAGCUUAUUGUGUGACUGCCAGUUGAAAUGGCUCCCACACUGGCUUUUCCACAGCCGUUUACAGGACACUGUCAAUGUCGUUUGUGCUCAUCCCGAAUGGCUAGUUGGAAGGAGCAUUCUCAGUGUGAACACUGAAGACUUUGUUUGUGAUGACUUUCCCAAGCCACAGAUUAGAACACAUCCUGAGACUACAGUUGCACUUAGAGGAAUCAAUGUGACCCUCACUUGCAAGGCCGUGAGCAGCAGUGAUUUACCUAUAUCUGCUGCCUGGAGAAAGGACAGUGAAAUAUUAUAUGAUGCAGAUAUAGAAAAUUAUGUCAGGUACCAACAACAAGAUGGUGAAAUCCUGGAAUAUACUUCUAUCCUGCAUGUUUUCAAUGUGAACUUUACUGAUGAAGGAAAAUACCAGUGUAUCAUCUUCAAUCACUUUGGGUCCAAUUAUUCCAACAAGGCCAAGUUGACUAUCAAUGAGCUGCCUUCUUUUGUGAAAACUCCCAUGGAUUUGACAGUACGUACUAGAGCCAUGGCUAAAUUGGAAUGUGCUGCAGAAGGCCAUCCACCACCCCAGAUAUCCUGGCAAAAAGAUGGCGGCACAGAUUUCCCUGCAGCUCGUGAAAGGCGCAUGCACGUGAUGCCCGAAGAUGAUGUCUUCUUCAUAGUAAAUGUGAAAAUUGAAGAUAUGGGGAUUUAUAGUUGUAUGGCACAAAAUGUGGCUGGCAGUAUAUCAGCAAAUGUAACAUUGACUGUGUUAGAAACACCUUCAUUUGUUAGGCCUCUGGAAGACAGGACUGUAGCUCAAGGUGAAACAGCAGUUCUGCAAUGCAUUGCUAGUGGCAGCCCUGCCCCUCGCCUAAACUGGACCAAAGAUGAUGGCCCUCUGACAGUGACAGAACGGCAUUUCUUUGCGGCUGCCAAUCAACUGCUCAUCAUAGUAGAUGCGGGAUUAGAGGAUGCUGGAAAAUAUACUUGCAUUAUGUCUAAUACACUUGGGACAGUGCGUGGCCAUAUUUAUCUAUAUGUUUUAUCCUCACCCAACUGUGACUCCUCCCAAAGUGGCAUUGGAAUUGGAGACGAUGGCUGGACGACAGUUGGGAUUGUGAUCAUUGUUGUGGUCUGCUGUGUCGUAGGCACCUCUCUCGUUUGGGUUAUUGUUAUCUAUCACAUGAGAAGAAAAAGUGAAGAUUAUAGCAUCACUAACACAGAAGAGGUAAAUUUGCCUCCUGAUAUUCCUAGCUACUUAUCUUCUCAAGGGACUCUGUCAGAGCCACAGGAAGGCUACAGUAAUUCUGAGGCAGGAAGCAAUCAGCAACUUAUGCCUCCCUCCAAUAGUUACCUACACAAAGGCCCAGAUGGUGGCACAGAGCCAUUGGUGAUCUGCUCAGAUUGUUACGACAAUGCCAAUAUCUAUUCCCGAAACAGGGAGUACUGUCCUUAUACAUACAACACUGAAGAUGAUCCACUGGAUCAAUCACUGUCCAGCCUAAUGGUACAGAUGUCUAAAGAGCCCUAUCCUGGAUGCCCUCAGCAUGAAACCACAACUAUUAAUAGCCUUUCAGAUGGCCAAGAUAGGGCUGUGUUUGUUAGCACUCAAGACAGGCUACAUGAGAGGAAACCAUGUUCUCAGUCCUGUGGCAGUGAUCUUUUUCAACAGUCUUUAUGGGGUAUCAAUAAUGAUCUGGGGUUGUUACACCCUCAUUGUUCAUCUCCAUCUAAGACCCAUGAGGUGCCAGAGGUUCUGCGAAAUGAAGGCAUCUCAGAGAAAGAGCCAGAGCAGAUUAUUCCUCCUAGGCUUCAUCACAGAUUACAUCAAUACAACUUUGAUUUUAACAGGACUCAGGACGUGCAAGAACAUCGUGAAGCUACAUAAAAAUGAAAUAAGAAACAUUAGCAGCUUGAAGCAUUUGUUAGUAUUUUUGCUACCUCAUAUUUUGACUCAUGGCAAAAAAAGUUUCAUGCUUCCAACAGAGGCUUUAAUGGAACAGACCACUGACUGCAUGCUGGAGGGCAAACUCACUUCCUUCUGCUAUUUUCCAAUAAGUAGCAUAUAUUAAAGCUCAGACUUAAACGGAUGGUGAAAAAAAGAAGAUGCAACACAGUGGUGGAAGUGUGAUUAAAAAGUGUCUGUUGUCUUAGAAACAUUCCCAAGAAUGGUUCACAUAUGCUAUCUUUCCUGCUGAAAAAAAAAUAACUUUAAAAGAGCCACUUAGCAAGAUUCCUUGGUAUUCAUCAAUACGAAACUUUGCUUUGUUUUGUGUUUUUUUUAUCCAUCUGACAACUAGGAGAACCUCAGUAUGUCCAAUCACAAACUCUAUUUACUUUUUCUCUCUCUGAAGUAUUCAGAUGUAAAUAUAUACACAUAAUAUAAAUAUUUUGUAUACACUAAUAGAGAUGAGAGACUGAAAUGUAAGUUUUUUAAAAAAAUUAUGCCAAAUAUCACAUCAUUCUGACUUCUCUGACUUGUUUUCCCAGAAAUCAGAAAUUAAUGUUUACUAAGAAUGAUGCAGAUGGGAUGGUUCAUAAUUAAUUUUUUUUGCACUCCAUGAUUGGAGUUAUCAAAUGUUGUGCCAUUAACUGGAGACUUUCAUUCUUUGGUGGCACUUCCACUUUCUAGUUUUAUGUAUGGGCAGUAAUUGAUGAAUGGAAGAUUGUGUAUAAGGAGAAUUUCUUGUGAAUCACCCUUGGUUUUUAAUACAGGAAAAGAUAUAUAUGAUGUGAGCGAUGGUUAAGUUGAUGUAUUAUUGGAUAUCUGAACUAUUUUAAUGUGAAGUCAUUUUUAAAAUUUCAUGGAUGCUGAAAUGAUUUUACUUUUUUCAAGCUUAGAAAAAUUAAACGGAUUACCUCUGUUCACACCCAUGGCUGAGAAAUUAAACAAUGAGUGUGUAAGAUGUGAAGAAUUAAAUAAAUUGAACAUCAAUGGUUAGUCAAAGAAUAGUGUUUCUCAAUCUUGGCAAUUUUAAGAUGAGUGGAUUUCAAGUCCCAGGAUUCCCCAGCCAGCGCUGCUGGCUUUCCCAUAUUCCCCAAAGCUGGUUGAGGAAUUCUGGGAAUUGAAGUCCAAGUUGCCAAGAUUGAGAAAUACUGUAUAGAAGAAACCUUUGACACAACAGGACUGGGAAGGAAUUUGACACAUGUUUUGUACAUCAAAAUGAAAUGUUAUACAACACUAUAAUUGUAACAGUGGAACAGCUAGUAAAGGAAGAUCAUGUCAGAAUAACAAAAGGUAUAGACCCGUGAUGGCGAACCUAUGGCACGUGUGCCACAGGUGGCACGCAGAGCCCUCUCUGCGGGCACGUGAGCCAUCACCCCAACUCAGCUCUGCUGUGCAUGCGUGCGCGCCUCCUGCUGGCCAGCUGGCUUUUGGGUCUUUGCCGCGCAUGUACGGGGCACAGAUGGGGGUCGCAUGUGCAUGUGCUUUGGACACUCAGUGUGCCAAAAAGGUUAGCCAUCACUGGUAUACCUCAAUAGUCUACAGAUUCCUUUUUAUACUGAGAUAAUGUUCUUGCUAAUCUGCUAUUCUUGAGGUACUCUGCUUGCUAAUUUUUCCUGCUAUAAUAAUUCAGAGUUCUGGAUUGCAGCUAAAAGACAUCUCAUAAACUCUGUAUCAGCUAUGGCAAACACUUGUAUUUCAACAAAAUGUAGGAAAAAUAAUAGCUGUCAAUAUAAUCCCAUACAUAUUUAUUCAGAUUUAAGUCCCAUUAAGUGCAGUAGGUUUACUCUCAAGUAAGUAAUAGGAUUGUAGUCUAAUUUGCAAAUUAGCCACAGACUGGUUUUCAUGCAGUAUCUUUUUUCAGAGUUCAAUAAAAGAUGUUUUGUAAACCAUUUGAAUGAUUCUAUAAUAAAAUGUUGGCAUGAAAAGUUAUUGAGGCAAAUAUAUUUCAUUUGUCUUCAAAAUUGCUGCCUUCUAGAAAAAAACUGAAGGCUGAGCUUUUCCGGAGAGCUUUUGGUGUUUUGAGUUGUGGUGGCGCAAUGGUUAGAAUGCAGUUUUGCAGGCUACAUCUGCUGACUGCCAACUGUCAGCAGUUCAUUUCUCACCGGCUCAAGGUUCAGUUAGCCUUCCAUUCUUCCAAGAUCAGUAAAAUGAGGACCCAUAUUGUUGGGGGCAAUAUGUUGACUCUGUAAACACCUUAGAAAAGGCUGUAAAGCACUAUGAAGCGGUAUACAAGUCUAAGUGCUAUUGCUAUUGCUAUAUUGCACUGGGUUUUAUUUGCUUUAUUUGUAUGUUAGUUUAUUGUUUAAUAAAUGAAUCAAUCAGUGACUAUAUCCCCAUUAAUGGAAAUAAUAUGUACUAAGUUCAUGAGUAAUAUUUAACUGGAAAAGGCCUCUUUUUACUAGCUGGAAUUUUAGUGCUUUUGUUAAGACUCUUAUUAUAUAAGGCCAGAAUUUCUGGCUGGAAGCAGUAAAAUUCCUGUGUAAAAUUCCUUUGUAACUUAAGAAUCCCAAUGGGCUUGUCCUACUUACAAAAAGUAGCCAGCCAGGUAACUAAGCUAUGAAAGAAUGAACUCAUUAAGUAGUGGUUGCUUGCUCUUUUGGUUUUUGUACCAGUGGAAAGUGCCAACUUACAUAUUGUUUAUUUCUUCAUAAAAUCAGUGUCCCAAAUCUUACAGGGAUCUCUUGUCUGAGAUCUGUAGCAGUGCUGAAAAUACAAAAGUCAAGGCAGAUUAUUGUCAGCAAGUAGAUAAAGCUCAGCUUUCUAGGGCACAAAAUAAUCAUCUUCUUUUAUCCAAGAUGUUUGCUUCAAAGUACUGAACCACAAAAAAAUUAGCUUUUGAUUAAUCUUGCUCGCAGCUACAAUUUUCAUGCUUGCUGCCUUAUUGUCUGUAAGAACCAUACCUGAACUUUAGCAGUAAAAAGGGAGACAUUGAAUGUACAGAAUGGCCAGGAAGGUGAUGAAAUGGGUAAGCAUUCUGUUAACCAGAUAACAGAGGCACUUUAUUAUCAUUUUAAGUGUUGAGUUUUAGAAUUAUGUAAGAGAAAGGUUCCAGUUAAAAACCCUUUAAAAUAUAGGUACACUGAGAAGGAUAAGAGUCAGGCUGCACUAAAACCAUGUUUUGUGUCUCGGAGAGGAAACAAGAAUUGUUUUUUGUAAUCUGAAUAAAAAGUUGAUAGGUGCUAAAAUAAUUCAGCAACAGAAAGUUCUGCAUUAAAAUUUCAUGUUGCUGGUUUUGCAUCUUCUUCAGGGUGCACACCUACCAGAUAGUUAAAGCAUUUCUAUUUUUACCUAAUGUGAAGUUAGCACUUGAGAUAAUUUUCCUUCACUAAGUGAUGAAAACAGGUUAUGGGAAAUUGAGACAGCUUGUGGAGAAUCUGAGAUGCCAAAGCUGGAAAAGUAUGUAAGACCAGAACUUCAUUUCAUCUUUGUAUAUACAAGGACUCCCUGCAUAACUUUAUGUAAAACAAUUCAUACAGCUUUGGGGCUAGGAUGGAUUCCGCAAUCAGACUGGAAAUCUGGAAUGAGUAAAGUAUUGAGGAUAUUUAUGAGCACAAGGAUGUCUAAAAGUAAAUUGUAGAGCAAAGAAUUUAAACAUUAUAUAGCUUCUCUAAGCUAUGUUUUGGGGAGAUGACUUCUUAGCAAGCAAAUACUUUCUCCUAUGUUGAAAGCAAAAUCUAUGAGGAAUUGUGUCUGGAAUUAGAAUUUAGGCAAUUUUGAAACACUUCACUUUUGUGUGCUUUUUAAAAGGGUUUUGUUGUUUUUUUUGUUUUGUUUUGUUUUGUUUUGCAGUUUGCAGGGAAGAAAAUUACUGAUACAUUUUCCAAUGCCAAAGUAAUUAUAGCUGUAAAUAUCCAGGGCAGUGCAAAUCAAUGUUUUCUUAUAGCUAUUCUUUCCUUGUAACUAUUUAUAUUUUCUCACGUAAUCAGAAUGUAUAUUUUGUACAGCAUGUAUAAUAUGUUUGUCUGUUGUAAUAUACCUUAUCCAAUAAAGGAAUAAACAAUUAA